AUGGUGUCAGCAGUUACCCCUCUCCUCCAUGAUGUUUUUGGUUCACCACUGCCUCCUACUGCCGUCUGGCCUCCCUUGGACUUUGCGCUGGGUGCCCUGGCCUGCUGCGCUGCCUGUGUCUUCACGAAUCCCCUAGAGGUGGUUAAGACUAGACUACAGCUUCAGGGAGAGCUCCGGGCCCGUGGGUCCUAUCAGAGACACUAUAGAGGGGUGCUUCAGGCCCUGUGGGUGGUGGGACAAACGGAUGGGGUGAAGGGGCUGCAGAAGGGCCUUUCUGUGGGACUGAUCUACCAAGGAGUGAUGAAUGGAAUGAGACUGGGAUCAUACUCGUACUGCGAAGCUUUGGGAAUUACCUCAUUUCAUGGAGGCAGUCUUCUCUCGGGGGCUAUGUGUGGUGCUUUGGGUUCCUUUAUUGCAUCUCCAGCUUAUCUUGUAAAGACCCAUCUACAGGCUCAGACCGUAGAAGCCAUAGCAGUGGGACACCAGCAUAACCAUUCAGGUGUGUCAGACGCCUUUGUCACCAUCUAUCGAAGAGAAGGCCUGAUUGGUCUUUGGAGGGGCGUGAAUGGGGCUGUGCCUCGUGUGAUGGUAGGAUCAGCUGCUCAGCUCGCCACCUUCACCUCUGCCAAGGAAUGGGUGACGCAGAGCCAGGUGUUUACUUCCAACAAAUUCCUGACUGCGCUGAUCGCUGCAAUGAUCAGUGGAGUCGUUGUGACCAUCUCCAUGACGCCGUUUGAUGUAAUCAGUACGAGACUCUACAAUCAGCCUGUGGACGAGUUUCGAAAGGGUCGUCUGUACAAUGGAUUUUCCGACUGGUUAACUCCACUUGACUGCUUACUACAAGGUUUUGUUGGUGCAUGUGGAGUGUCAGUGCUUUGUAAUUUACUAAGGAUUCAUCAUUUCAGGCAAAUAAGCAAUGAUGAUGAUUCUGGAAACACUAGAUUAAACUCGGCAUUACUUGCCAGUGGUGUUGGAGGGCAGUGGAAAUCCUUUCUUCAGUUCUGGUCUCUGGCUCUGCUCUUGGGUCUAGUUGGGUCCAGAGUUUCAUCCUUGAUUCUUCUUGAAUUCAUACUGAGAGCUGUAUCAGCUUGGGGCACUACUGAUUCCCAAAAUGCAAACCUGGAUCUGCUCUUGGUCCAGUGUCAGUUCUCCCUGGGCUGUGGAAUCUCUUGUACUCUCGUUUACAUCCACCAGGAGGCGCCACAUCGCACCUUUGGCUUGUUUCUGGCAGCUGCUCUGAGUUGGGCAGUGGCCAGCUACUGCAUGGGUCUGUGGAGACAUGUGGCAAAGCUCUACCCUCUGCACAGCAAGGAGCGCUACUGUGGGAAGUGCAUCUCUCUGUUGACAUCGGGACAUGGCAUUCUGGCCACGCUGCAUAAGGUGGUCAUCCUGGUGUUUACACUGUCCGCCGCCGUCUCCACUGCGACAGUAUUUGAGCAUUUCUUAUCUCAGAAAGAUGCUCUAAAGCUCUGGACUCCCCUCACACUCUGUUACGCUCUGCUGGUGGUCUAUAUUCAAGAUGGACAGAAACGUCAGAGUGCGACCGAGGCCCUGGUCCAUUCGGUCGUGGUGCGUUUAGGUGCACUCCUAGUCCUGAUGUUAACUGUGGGAGACUGGACUGAUGUGAUCCAUGUCCUUAUUGCAUUUUUGGGAGAAGCUAUUUGUUUACUGCCAUCCCAAGACAUUCUUCAGGCCACGCUAAAAGAGGAAGAAGAAACAAGCAAUUUAAUGUCAAAAUAUGGAAAAGGCUCCAAAUCCAAUCCUACAAUCAAGACUGUACAGGAGGCAGAUUACAGAAACAGAUCAGAAGUGAAAGAAAAGAACAGUGAUCAGAAAAGAGAAGAAACAAAGAAGACAGGGAUUGACAUUGAAAGGGCCGCUCUCUGCAUUUGUCCCGGGAAAGUAGCUCUCUGGGUGCAAAAGUCUGACCCAAAUUGCGGUGUAGCUUCAGCCAUGGCCACAGCAGCUCCACCUAAAAGGAUGGUGUCUUCAGUCUUCAUCACUCUCGCAAGUCCACACCGAGGAACAGUGACCCAGCAGCAGCCGCCUACUCUCCAAGCUCACAGCUCAACUGUUACGGACAAGCAGCAAACUGCAGUUCGCAUCAGUCCCAUCAACACCACAUCUACAGCUGCACAAGAGAAAAACUGCAACUCAACAAAUGGAAUCAGAGCAAAUAUCAAAGAUGAAACUAUAGGUGCUUCUAAACAAACCCCUUCAAAGGUUCUUCAGACUCGAUCGAUUACAACAAAACCUGAAAAAUCAGCCCCCUUUGAAGAAAUGCCCCUUCCACCUCCAGCCCAGGUGACCCCAGGAUGCCCUCCAACCUCAGGCCAGCAGCAGCUUUACAGCAGAGGGCUCGAAGCAAACACUCCGUGUCGCGGUUUAAAUAAAAGUCUGAUGGAGGAACCAAACCAAAAAACAAACCGAGACAUAUGUGAAGAAAGUAAAGAUGUGUGUGGCUUCUGUCGGAAGUCAGUGAAUCUAAAUGAACCAGCCAUCGAGGCGUUGAACAGGAUUUACCAUGAGCCUUGCUUCCAGUGCAGAUCAUGCCACAUACCACUGGCAUGUAAACAAUAUUACAACAAAGCGGCAAUCCCUCUGUGUGAAGACUGCUACCAGGCAAGUCUGGAGCUCUGCUGGACCUGUGGAGAGGUUAUUAAAUAUCAAGUGAUGCGGGCCCUAGAACGAGCCUACCAUCCCCAGUGCUUUAUGUGCACAACAUGUAAACAGGAGAUUGGGGAGCAGAGAUUUGCCCAAGGGGAAGUUGGAGAAGUGUAUUGCCUACCUGAUUACUAUAGGAAAUACGCCCCAAAAUGUAAUGCAUGUAGCAAACUGAUAAUUCCAAAAGAAGAUGGUACUGACAGCUACACAAUUGAAUGCCUGGGAAACUCCUAUCACGAGGGUUGCUACAGUUGUGAGAUGUGUUUCAUUCACUUGACUCCUGAACCCAAUGAGAGGGGCUGCUAUCCUCUGGACGGGAAGCUCUUGUGUAAAACAUGCCAUAUGUCCCUAGUCUCUGCGCAACAGUGA